AUGAGAAGGAACAUGUCAUCGUGGGACAGGAUCAAGCAGAACAGGAUGAAGCUACGGGACGUCUUCAACCUUGAUCCAAAUGAGUUGCGACGCAGGUUAAGUGAAAAGAGGGUCAUCACAGACAUGGAGGAUCAGCAGAUUCGUCGCAACCAUGACCUCAAAGAACAAUAUGAUGAACUCUUUAGGAUCCUCUCUUCGAAAAACACAGGAAAAUGCGUGACCAAGUUCUAUGAGGCACUGACUGACAUGGACAGAGAUGAUAUCAUCGAAUUUUUGCAAGGUACCACGGGGUUACCUAAUGGUAAUCGGGAUGCUCAGAGUCAAGAAUCUGCAUGCGUCGCUCACCUUUCAGAAGAGACCAACAAUGGGAGCAUCAAUUCACCAAUGAACCGCUGUCAUAUAAGCACAAGGGAUGCCCUCACUCUUCAAAUAGUGGAGAAAAUGAAGACAGCCCAAGUUCCCCUACGAAGAGGCGUGUUCUAGUAAGAAAAAUGAUCAUUGACUUGAAAAUA